UAUUGGGUAGAGAACCACACUUCCCCUGCCUCCAUUCCCCUCCCUCGCUGCUCGGAUCCCCCUUCCGCUUGGCUUGCUCUGUCGGCGGCGGGAUGGCGUCUCCCAUGGAACAGGCCCUCGCGGUGCUGGUGGGCACCUUCCAUAAGUAUUCCGGCAAGGAGGGGGACAGGUACAAGCUCAGCAAGGCGGAGAUGAAGGAGCUGCUCCUCACGGAGCUGCCCAGCUUUGUCGGGGACCAGGUGGACGAAAGUGGCCUGAAGAAGCUGAUGGGGAAUCUGGAUGCCAACGGGGACGAGGAACUGGAUUUCCAGGAAUACGCGGUGUUCCUGGCUCUCACCGCCGAGCUGUGCAACGAGUUUUUCCGGGAGUGCGCCGAUGAGAGGAACCGCAAGAUCUGAACCCCGA